UAAGGAAAUUGAUCUUGGAAGUCUUGGGAUUGACGAUCUCCGCAGAACAAAGUAAACACCUGCUCAACACGUAUGCCCCGGAGGGGAAUAGACACGCGGCCACCUCCUUGGAGCAGUGACGUCACUGGCGCGGCCAUCUUCCCUCCGCGACUGCACUGCAGCCGGGUAGCUCUCAGUUUGGGCCCACGGGAGGGGGCCGCAUGUUGACUAUUGGAGGACGCGGUCUCCAAGCCCCCACUGAGCGUGCGCACACUCAGCCCCUGCAGUCCUGUGGGCUGUGGAGCCUGAGUCGGUCCCAAAGCGGAAGUGCUUCUCGGGGCCAGUUUUUAUAACGGUCCCCUCUGCAGCAAGCAGAAAAUCUGUUGUUCAGAGGAGGAAGAGAGAGGGAGGGAGGGAGAGAGAAAGACAGAGAGAGACAGAGGGUGGUUAAGGGGGCGAGUGCUAGGGCUGAUGCGCUGAGUGAUGGAUGGGGAGUUCUGGGGGAUGAGUGAAGAGGGGUUGUGGGGUGAUAGGGGACUGAGAGGUCAGUGAUGGGCAAAGUUAUGGGACUAGACAAGGUUGAAUGGGGCUUAUUACACGUUGACUUUUACACAUUUUCCGGCACAGUGACUUGCACUAAGGGUUCAUAGCACCCCUCAGGCCCCUCCUUAGGUUCGCCCCGUCUCUCCCUCUGCCCUUCUUCCCUUGCUCAAGCCCCAAGGCAGGGGCCUGGUAUGAAUGCUCCAGCUGAAGUGAAUCUGCACCUGAAGGCUUCCUUCCGGCUCCUGGGUAAGACGGCCCCAGUGAGGUCAGCCUUCACAUAUCUCUGCCUUUUCCUAAGAAGAGCAGGAAAUGGCCAAACCCCAGGGACUUGUGACAUUUGAGGAUGUGGCUGUGGAUUUCACCCAGGAGGAGUGGCAGUACUUGAACCCUCCACAUAGGACCCUGUACAGAGAUGUGAUGCUGGAGACCUAUAGCAACCUGGUCUCUGUGGCAGGGCAGCAGGCUACCAAACCAGACAUCAUCCUCAAAUUGGAGGUAGAAGAGCCAUGCCUGGCAGAAGGAAUAAUCCCAAUUUGGAGUUUUCCAGAAGAAGCCUGCCAAGUUGAUGAACAGAUUGAGGUACAGUACCAGGAAGACAAAGAUAAAUAUUUUUUGAUGCAAGUUGGAUUUCCUGACAAGAAAACAACUAUCACCAAGAAUGGCCAUGACUAUAAUGAAUUUGGAAACACACUUCAUCUGAGUACAAACCUUGUUGCUUCAAUACAAAGACCCCAGAAAUAUGAAUCACUUGAAAAUAAUAUGGUAGAUAAUUUAGGCUUAUUUAGUAGAAGCUCUGUAGGAAGGAAACAUGAUAAUGGAUGUGCAAAAUUAUUAUUCCAUAAUGAGUAUGAGAAAACAACUCCUGGAAUGAAAACCUAUGAAUAUAAAGAGUGUGGGAAGGCCCUCAGGCGAAAGAAAGGUCUUAGUCUACAUCAGAGAAUUAAAAAUGGAGAGAAACCCUUUGAAUGUGCUGCAUGUAGGAAAACCUUUAGCAAGAAGUCACACCUCAUUGUACAUUGGAGAACUCAUACAGGAGAGAAACCCUUUGGAUGUACUGAGUGUGGAAAAGCCUUUAGUCAAAAAUCUCAGCUCAUUAUACAUCUGAGAACUCAUACAGGAGAGCGACCCUUUGAGUGUCCAGAAUGUGGCAAAGCCUUCAGAGAAAAGUCAACUGUCAUCAUACAUUACAGGACUCAUACGGGAGAGAAACCUUAUGAAUGUAAUGAAUGUGGAAAAGCGUUCACUCAGAAGUCAAACCUUAUUGUCCAUCAGAAAACCCACACAGGAGAGAAAACUUAUGAAUGCACUAAAUGUGGGGAAUCUUUCAUACAGAAGCUUGAUCUAAUUAUACAUCAUAGUACUCAUACAGGAAAGAAACCUCAUGAAUGUAAUGAGUGUAAGAAAACUUUCAGUGAUAAGUCAACUCUCAUUAUCCAUCAAAGAACUCAUACGGGAGAGAAACCUCAUAAAUGUACUGAAUGCGGGAAGUCUUUCAAUGAGAAGUCAACCCUCAUUGUGCAUCAGAGAACUCAUACAGGAGAGAAACCCUAUGAAUGUGAUGUGUGUGGGAAAACCUUCACCCAAAAGUCAAACCUUGGUGUACAUCAGAGAACUCAUUCAGGAGAGAAACCCUUUGAAUGUAAUGAGUGUGAGAAAGCAUUCUCUCAGAAAUCUUAUCUCAUGCUACACCAGAGAGGUCAUACAGGAGAGAAGCCCUAUGAAUGCAAUGAAUGUGAAAAAGCAUUUUCUCAGAAAUCAUAUCUCAUUAUACAUCAAAGAACCCACACAGAAGAAAAACCCUAUAAAUGUAAUGAAUGUGGCAAAGCCUUCAGAGAAAAGUCAAAGCUCGUUAUACAUCAGAGAAUUCACACAGGAGAGAAACCUUAUGAAUGUCCUGUAUGUUGGAAAGCUUUUAGCCAGAAGUCACAGCUCAUAAUCCAUCAGCGAACACACACAGGAGAGAAACCCUAUGCAUGCAAUGAGUGCGGCAAAGCCUUUAGAGAAAAAUCAACAUUCACUGUACACCAGAGAACUCACACUGGAGAGAAACCUUAUAAGUGUACAGAAUGUGGAAAAGCCUUUACCCAAAAAUCAAACCUUAUUGUACAUCAGAGAACACAUACAGGAAAGAAAGCUUAUGGGAAAGGCCACACCCGGAAGUCAAAGCUCAUUUCACAUUAGAGAGUAAAGCAAUAAUGUCUGUUAUGUUCCCUGAAGAAAAAGGUUUAUUUAUUAACAUUUAAAAAGUAUGUUCUGACUUUUGGUUUAAUUAUGGGGAAUAAAGUCAGCCUUUUUUUUCUUUUCAUCUCAGUCUUCACCCAAAAGCUACAGGGAGAAAAAGAAGCAGAGGUGUAAUCUCUAUAUGUGACAAAAUUAGGAGAUAGCUGAAACACUGAUGAGAGGGCUGCCACAGGCAGAAAAAAUCAAGCAGCCAGUGUAGGAGAUCUAGGAGGAGAGAGAAUGCUCAAGGCUGCAGAUGUGACAGCACUGGUAAGAACUCUUAGCUGAGGUUCAGGAUACACCUUGAAUGCAACACCAUAUACAAACACAACAGCAGUGACAGAGGGCAUGGGUAGGUGGGAAGUAAGAUGUUUCCUAGACCCAUUUGGGGUCUGAGGAGAGACAGGCAGAGGCCUUGAGAGGGAAUUGCUCAGACGAACCCUAUUUACCAGAAAGUAGUCUGUACUAAUUAGAAGAGCAGUUGGUGGGGCCUGGGGCAAGAGAAGGGAGUGUUCUUUGUGAAGAAACCUACAGCUGCCACUGUAUACUUCAGAGAAGUCAAAUCUGAAAGAAUUAUAAAAUGGGAAAAAAAUUCCCAGUUGUAAGAAAACCUCUGAUGUGCCUAGAAUGUGGUCCUGGUUUCUUUUCCCACAUGAACCUCCAGCAAAUGUCAAGUCCAGGAACAACUCUUAUUCAAAGAGGAAUGAUUCAAAAGUAAUCAAAACCACACAAGCUUUUCCAGCAAUUCUCCUUCUAGGAAUGUAUAUACUUAUGCAUAUAGAAAAUGAUGAACACACAGAGGUAUUCACUGAUGUACUGUUUGUGCAAACAAAAGGUUGGAAGUUGUCCAAAUGACAACACCAGGGGUCUGGUUCCUGAAAUCCUGAUAUGUUGAUACAGCAAACUCCUAGGUAGACAAAAAUGAAUAAAAUAAAGAACUUGCACACCAUUUAUAUAGUGAUGUGAGAUGAUCUCCAACAUACAUUAUUAGGUGAAAAAAGCAAGGUACAGGAUAGUGAGUAUAAUGUACUACCAUUUGUAUAUAAAAAGAACAAAUGAGUGUAUAAUUUACUCAUUUGUACAUAAUUGAGUGUAUGUGCAUAAACUACCUCUGGGAAGAUACAAGAGAAGCUGGGAACCAUGGUUACCUCUGGGAAAGAGAAGUGAGUGGCUGGGGAGAUGGAAUUGGGAGGGAGACAACUGCAUAUCGUUUCAUAACUUUUGAAAAUUGUACUAUGUGGAUGUACUAUCUUUUCAAUAAAUAAAACUUUUAAAAAGCA